AUGCUGCGUAAUCUGCUGUCUCUUCAUCAGAUUGCUCAGAGGACCAUAAGUACUGCUUCACGCAAGCGGUUUGAAAAUAAAGUUUCAGGGAAACCAAAGCUUUUUCAGGAGGACAAUGGAAUUCCAGUACAUCUAAAGGGUGGGGUAGCUGAUGCUCUUCCAUAUAGAGCUACCAUGAUUCUUACAGUUGGUGGAACAGCAUAUGCUAUAUAUCAACUGGCUAUGGCUUCACUUCCCAAGAAGCAGGAUUGACUUCAGUUAUUCUCCCAGCCAUCAGCUGGUUGGUUCACUUUCAUUCAGCUCUCUAUGGACCGGUAU